GGGGAUGCAAAAGAAAGAUAACGUUGCAAUGAUAUGCGAUUGUUGUGAGCCGGAUGGUGUUGUUUGAAGACGGGUACGGAGGAGAGGAAAGGAGGGGGAGGCUCCUCAGGCUCCACGCAGGCUGCCGUAACGCGAGCUCACGCAGCAGGCGCAUCGGAACACACAGAUCUGACGCAAAUAUCCUCCGUUGCACGCUUUGACAACAUUUUUCAUGGUUGCGCCUGUUUCUUCUUCCUUCUCUAAGGAGAAAAGCCACACCAGCGCGUAUACGGAACCAGAAGCACGAUCAUCCUCUCCAGCCGACUGAUUAUGGUCAUGUUGCAAGGUUCUUGUGACCCCAUGUGCCUCGAUCCUAAUCUGAAGUCCUGAUCCAUCUUAAUACUUUGGCCAUCGCGUCCACUGAAAGGAUGUGAGCUGUGUCAGAAAACGGGAGACAAAAGCAAUAAGUCCUGGGAAAAGUGUGAUCGCAUGGCCGCUAUGGACGGACGGCUCCACUGAUACCAGACUGCGCCGGCUUUCUUUGGACGUGAUAUAGCACGGUGAGCUCGUCUUCUGCGUCACAGUUCUGGGUUUAAACCGCCGGCCUUCCUCCUGUGUGGAGUUUGCAUGUUCUCCCACACGUUCCAAAAACAAGCAUGUUAGAGACGAUGGUGUUGUUUCUGAUCGGGAUCUCUGCAGUCGUGAACAUUUCGUCUCAUGACAACCAAACGGCAGGUAACCCCAGCCACCAGGAGGGUGCUCAUGUUCUGCCCUCCACGUUGAUCUUGUCCCUUGUGCUCAUCUUUGUCGUCCUACUCACAAUUUACUGCCUCAGGUUCAAGAACCACAGGAAAGCUCUGGUUACCUCGGUGGAUAAAAAGCUUCCAAAUGGCUUCCUGGAGGAACAAGGAGAGCAAAGAGUGGUCCUCCUCCCCAGAUCCCCCUCACCCUCCAAGAGGUACUUCUCCAUCCCGCUGGACGAGCUGGAGGAGGAGUACCGUGUGCGCUCUGCCGACGACGGCAAGCUCUUCCGAGAGGAGUUCAAUUCGCUGCCCUGUUACUACCGCCACGGUUCCUUUGAGGAGGCCAGCAAGGAGCACAACAGAGACAAAAACAGAUACCCCAACAUCUUACCAUACGACCACUCAAGAGUGGUAUUGAGCAGUCACGGCGGACAUGUGUCUUCAGACUACAUCAACGCAUCUUACAUAGAUGGUUUUAAGCAAAAGAAGAAAUUCAUUGCCGCUCAAGGUCCAAAGCUGGAGACAGUGGCUGACUUCUGGCGUAUGAUUUGGGAGCAGAAGACGGCAACUAUCGUGAUGCUGACCAAUCUGAAAGAAAGGAAAGAGGACAAAUGUUUCCAGUACUGGCCCGAAAAAGGCUGCUGGAUGUACGGCAACAUCAGGGUGGCCACGGAGGACGUCACCGUGCUGGUGGACUACACGGUUCGGAAAUUCUGCGUUCAAUAUCAGGGCAGUGAUGGGCCGCGGGCCCCGUGCCUGGUCACUCAACUCCACUUUACCAGCUGGCCAGACUUCGGGGUGCCGUUCUCGCCCAUAGGCAUGCUGAAAUUCCUCAAGAAGGUCAAGGCUGUCAACCCGUCCUACGCUGGACCCAUUGUGGUGCACUGCAGCGCGGGCGUGGGCAGGACGGGCACAUUCAUUGUCAUUGACAGCAUGAUCGACAUGAUCCACAUGGAGCAGAGGGUGGACGUCUUCGGCUUUGUGAGCAGAAUACGAGAGCAGCGCUGUCAACUCAUCCAGACCGAUAUGCAGUACUCUUUCAUCUACCAGGCCCUGUUGGAGUACUACCUGUACGGCGAUACUGAGCUGGACGUGUGCUCUCUGGAGGGACAUCUGCAUGGGCUUCACAACACCAGGGCCCCCCACGACAGACUGGGCCUGGAGGAGGAGUUCCGGAAGCUGACCAACGUGCGCAUAAUGAAGGAGAACAUGAGAACGGGGAACCACCCAGCCAACAUGAAGAAGAACCGCGUGCUUCAGAUCAUCCCAUAUGAUUUCAACCGAGUCAUACUUUCAGUGAAAAGAGGCCAGGAGUUCACCGACUACAUCAAUGCCUCCUUUAUUGACGGCUACAGGCAGAAGGACUAUUUCAUCGCAACCCAGGCCCCCCUGUCUCACACGGCGGAGGACUUCUGGAGGAUGGUGUGGGAGUGGAGGUGCCACUCGAUCGUUAUGCUCACUGAACUAAAGGAGAGGGAGCAGGAAAAGUGUUUCCAGUAUUGGCCAUCAGAGGGCAGUGUGACAUUUGGAGACUACACGGUGGAGCUGAGUGGAGACUCACAGGGCGAAACGUUCACUCUCAAAGACUUGGUGCUCACCUGCAGACCAGAGAACCGGUCUCAACACGUCCGUCAUUUCCACUUCCACGGCUGGCCUGAGAUCGGAAUACCGGCGGAGGGCCGAGGCAUGAUUGACAUCGUGGCCUCGGUGCAGAGGCAGCAGCAGCAGUCUGGAAACCGUCCCAUCGUCGUGCACUGCAGUGCUGGCGCUGGUCGGACGGGCACCUUCAUCGCCCUCAGUAACAUUUUGGAGCGCGUGAAGGCCGAAGGCCUGCUGGACGUCUUCCAGACCGUCAAGAGUUUACGCAUGCAGCGGCCGCAUAUGGUGCAGACCGUGGAGCAGUACGACUUCUGUUACCGGGUGGUGCAGGAUUUUGUCGACAUUUUCUCAGACUACGCCAACUUUAAGUAACGCACUCCUCCCGUCUGCUUAACAAUUAACUUAUGCAAUUGACUUUUUUUUUUCUUUCUUGGUUUGUUGAAUGUACAUUUUCUAAAGUCAUACUUUAAUAUAAACAAACAUAUCUGUCCUUCUGCGGAUGGCUUUUAGAUUACAUUUUACUUGAAAAUAUUGACUGAGUAUAAUAAAAUACGUAGAGUAACUUUAUGUGAAUACAGUGGUGCCUUGGGAUACCGAUGACCCGACUUAGGGGUUUUUCAAAUACGAGCCUCCGUUAGUAUGAGAUAUAUAUUAUUUAGUUUUGCUUUGCUUUGCGACAAACGACUGAUAUUACUGCAGCUUACUGAGUCGCUCGCAGUAGUUGUGAAACUCUUCCUUCGCCAUGACUAUAUUAUACUGCCCCCUUGUGACCAAGUCAUGAACACCAGAAGGAGCUGCAAUUAAUUAAUAAUGAUGCAAAAAAACGAAUUCUGUAAAUUCUAUUGAAUUGUUAUUCUAUGUUUUUAUAAAGUACAAUAACACAGAGUGCUGUUUUGCUUAUUGAAAAACAUGAGUUUUUUUCACUGGGGAAGGAAUUGAACUCGUAUCUCAAGGCACCACUAUAUACAGGUGCAUCGCAAUGAAAAAAGUGAAACUCAUAUUACAUAGAUUCAUUAAAAACGCAAAUAGUUUUUCCGAAGGACAAUUACUAAGUAACUUCCAUAUUAAAAAUAAUUGUGAUUGUUUCUUAUGUAAUAUUUGAAUUUCUUGAGAUGGUUCAAUUCAGCUACGACGAACAAAAAAUAUUGAAAAAAAUCUGAAUCUACAUGAUGAGAUACACUUUUUGAAUUGAACUACUAAAGAUAAAUUGAGUUUUGCACAAUAUUCAAAUUCAUUGAGAUGCACCUCUAUUUGUAGGUAUGGAAUCGCUCACUUGCUACCUAAAAUGCGUCACUAUUGAAUUGCAUUCCCGACUAUAUACCCGCUUUACCUUUGUAUUAACCACAAUGCCUUUUCUUUCCAUGCAUAUUUAUAUUUUCUCUUAGCAAAUACGUUCAAUGUGUUUGGAGGGUCACAUUUAAAAAGUAGCAUUAAUGACGUUCUGCCUCAAACAAUGUAAACUGCAUUCGAUUCUGUCGGUAAAAGUCUUCACUUGGUCUCGUAUGAAUAACUUAGCAGUGGCUGUCUGUUGUCGUUUGAUUCAACGUGGCCAACUUUCUUCUCUCGCCCGUGGCCAUGUUACUUAGUGCUUGGGUGCCUGACACUGCAAAAUGCCAUUAACCUAUAUUGAAAAUAAUGUCUAAUCACUCCAAGGAAAACAUGUCAUUCAUAGAUGUUUUUUUCCUUCAGCUGCCAAGUAUCAUAUUCGGCUAUUUAUUUUUAUUUUUUUCUAAACAUGCUUGCCAUUUCUCCGGCAUGCAUGUUUGAUUAGAGGCUCAGAAAAACACUUCUAAUCGUGAAAUAUUUGUCACCGAGUGACACGGUGUUUAGUUUUUAACGACAACCAGAAGACAUUUUGAACUUUUACUGCUUUGAAAUCAGCGGUUUAAUAUUUAGCAACCAUGCAUUAUGUAGGAUAUUUUUUUGUGAGUAAUUUAACGACUAUUAUGACUGAUGUACUUUAUAACGGACAAACAAGGGUGUUGCUCUCAAGAACUAACUGCAUUUUUUUUCCACACACAUUUUGACAAGAAUAGCAAGUAGUUUAGUUCUACAUUGAAUGCAAAUAAAUGCAACACUGUUUUUGCUCUCAUCUCAAAGGUCUGGUCAAGAGGGGGUCUCAAAACUGGACUUUUGUAGCUUCUUGCAGACAAGCGAUCAAUACAUACAGUGCACUACUGACAAACACAGUCAGGUGGUCGUAGGAAGAAAUGAACAAGCACCUCCGCCAUAUUGUUCUUGAGCAGACGAACUGCAGUCACUUCUUGUGUAUUCUUAUUAAACCGACGGUUGCAAUUCAGAAAACCGGUCAGUAUGUCUUUUGUUGUAGGCAGCCUAAGGCACACCUGUGCGAUAAUCAUGCUGUCCAAUCAGCAUCUGGAUGUGCCACACCCCUUAAAUGGAUGGAUUAUCUCAGCAAAAGAAAAGUGCUCACUAACACAUUUAGACAGAGUUGUGAGCAAAAUUUGAGAGAAAGAGACCUUUUAUGUACAUCGUGAAAAAAAGGGAGCAAAACGAAAGUGUUGCAUUUAUAUUUUUGUUUAACGUAUCAUCAAACAGGGGACUGCUCAACAUUUCUAAAAAUGAAUAAAUAAACGUAUGCAGUCUAUUUUUGCAAUGCCAAGACUGCUGCUUCCAUUUAACGCGCAGUAAGCUCGGAAGAACUUUGUACUAUUGCAUUUCUAGAUAAGUCAUUUUUUGUGUGUUGUGGUCGUCACGAAGCUUCACUCGAGUGCUCUCAUUUGAAUUCAAAAUAAUUGUAAUAGCUUCGAGGGCUUGCAAGCUGCUACAAAAAAAAAGUUGUUUCCAUGGAACUUUCUGCCUUUUUGGAGUCUCUUGUACAAAGUUGAUUCUAAUAAAUAAUACAUGGGAGA